AGGUUUGAGGCUUUGGCUGGAGAGACUUUGGAUGGGAAGAAGUUUUCCACGGGCAGGAUCUGUGUUGAUGGAGUGUUAAGGACGUUAAAGCUCAAAUACCUUGUGUUCCCACGUUUCGCAGCCAGGAUAAGGCAUUUGUGUCGAUUUCUCAUCUACAGCACGUUUUCCUCCGGGAGAGAUGAGCUUUUUGUUUGGAAGCCGCUCGUCAAAGACGUUCAAGCCGAAGAAGAACAUUCCAGAGGGCUCACACCAGUACGAGCUGCUGAAGCAUGCAGAGGCCACGCUGGGCAGCGGAAACCUGCGCAUGGCUGUUAUGCUGCCUGAUGGAGAGGACCUCAAUGAAUGGGUGGCAGUCAAUACUGUGGACUUCUUUAACCAGAUCAACAUGCUGUAUGGGACCAUCACAGAUUUCUGCACUGAGGAAAGCUGCCCACUAAUGUCUGCUGGACCUAAAUAUGAAUAUCACUGGGCUGAUGGAACCAACAUAAAAAAGCCAAUAAAAUGUUCAGCUCCAAAGUACAUUGAUUACCUGAUGACUUGGGUCCAGGAUCAACUUGAUGACGAGACACUUUUCCCAUCAAAAAUAGGUGUCCCUUUCCCAAAGAACUUCAUGUCGGUGGCCAAGACCAUUUUGAAGAGACUGUUCCGCGUUUAUGCUCACAUCUACCACCAGCACUUUGAAUCGGUUAUCCAGCUGCAGGAAGAGGCGCACCUCAACACCUCAUUCAAGCACUUUAUCUUCUUCGUUCAGGAGUUUAAUUUGAUUGAUCGGAAAGAGCUUGCACCCCUUCAGGAGCUGAUUGAGAAGCUCACGUCCAAGGACAGAUAAACUGCUCCUCCAGUCAGCAUCUUCUCUCAAUUCUCUGUACAGGCAGCCUGGCUUUGUUCUCUCUGUGUUUGACAGGUGUGUGGGAAUUUUUUCCUUCAAGAGUUAGAAAAGGCUGACUCCAAAAACAACCCUUGAUAAGCCACAGCUCCACUGUAGGUCAAGGUCAUAGUGGAAUUAAACUGCAGUCCUUCUGACGUCUUCUCAAACACGAUCUAAGUGCCUGAUAUGUCCACUUUCCAAAUUGCUAUCCUUUUUAUAUAAAGCACUACCACUGCUUUAGAAACUUCUUUAUGAUUAUGCUAUUGACUUUUUUUCUAGGGGUAUGUUGAUAAUUAGUGGUAUGUUAGCUAUUUUUCCUCUUAAUGGAUUUAUUUAGACGGUCAUAGAUUUAAAAAUACUGAAUGGAGCAACCACUGAUUUUUCACAGAGACGAAGAUAAAGAAAGUCUUGGCUUCUUCUAAGCACUCGUUUUAGCUGCUCCCAGUGUCUUAUGACAUGUUAGGAUUUCCGUUAUCCUUUUCUGUAGUUGAAAUGCUUUAUUUACUUCAGAUUAUAUUCAACCUCUCACUCAUUACUGAAGAACAUUAUGUUCACAAGAAUGCCUUGCCAAGGCUUUACACUACAGUACAUUUACUUUUGAAGGAGUGCUUUUGUUGGUGAGCCAGUUUUCACAGAUUCAUUCCCAGAGUUGAAGGAUUUGUCUGUUGGAAGCUGGGAUGAAAUAAGCUGACUAUGCAAGAUCUGUAUGUCCUAUUUGAUCAUCCUUUCAUACACUAUAAAAUACAACAAGCUUUUACAUUUUGCCGAUUCUGUUCACGGAUGUGUAAUUCAUCCACUUUUAAUCGCAUAAACAACAUUCAACGCAAUAAGAAUUAUAUAUUUUUUCCCUUUAGAUCUUAACUUAGCCCCUCCAAAACUGUAUUGGUGUUUCAAAGAUCCAGGAAAAAGGUAAAGAUAGAUUGAAUGCAUGUUGAGUAACAUCUGUGAUAGAUUUAAUAAUAGCUUCCCCAUAUUCAACACACAGCAGUUCUAUUGCAGACAAAAUAGUUGUUCAUUUUCACUAUAUAUGCAUACAUUUGGUCUUUAUGAAGUUUCAUCACAUGAAUGUUGUUGUUGUUAUUAUUAUUGUUACUAUUAUUAUUAUUUGGAAUGUUACAGAAAUUGUGUUCUGAAUUACACACAAUUAAAACGUUUCUCAGAGAUUUCUACAUCUUUUCACAUUCGAGAUCGAUUAUGGACGGAUGUAAUAAACAUUUUUGAUGGCAAGUUGUAAAUACUGUAAACAAAAAAGGUAUGCAAUUGGAUAAUGAGAUGUGUAACUUGCUGAACGUUUGUGGUACAAUGCUGAAUACUGUUUAUAGUAUAAUAAAGCAGUUUGAACAAAA